AUGCCUAAAAGAAAUAAAGUUUAUAGUGAGGAUAGUGACAAUGGUGACUUGGAGAGAAAGAGGAGGAAGUUAAGGAAGCAGUUAGGGGACCUGGAACGAAAACGAAACCGACGAAAACGUGAAAAUUCCAGUGACUCCAGUAGUAUAAGUUCUGGUUCGGAUUCCUCUGAGAGUGAAAACCCAGAUCCAGUUAUUGUGAACGAUGAGAGGAAUGAAGAUUUAAGUCAAAAUAAGCCUGAAGAACAAGAGCAAGACCCAGAAAUCUUGAAACUAUUGGGAGAAGAACCGUCUGGUAGCGAUUCAAUAUUUGGUAGUGAGGUACAUCAGGCUCUCGCGGAUCGUUGGACCAAAUUUCUUACCCUAGGGGUUGAGAAAGCUGAAAUAGAGGCUAUGGAAAAGAAAUAUCCUGUUCCAAAAAAUAUUUCUUAUUUGAAAGCACCUGCAUUAAAUCCUGAGUUAGAAUCUUCGUUGACAGACCAGGGUAGAAAGGAAGAUAAAUACUCUUCUAUUAUUCAAGGGCAUGUAGGCCUAUCUCUUUCGACAAUAGCAAGUUGUAUUGAUGCUAUUUUAAAAGGAGAUGAGUGCCCUAUUACAGAUAUAAAGAGUCAGAUUUUACCGUCCAUCGUUGAUGCUGGUAAAAAUUUGUGUGGAGCUUUUAAUAUGAUUUCAACAAAUAGAAAAUAUCAUGUUGGAAUUAACCUGAAUCCCAUGGUCAAGAAAAUCGUUAAAGAAAGCAAGCCGGAUGAGUUUUUAUGCGGCAAUAACUUCGCAGACAAAUUUAAAGAAGUCAAAACUCAGUUAAAAACAGGCAAGGAAAUGAAAAAUGUUUUUUCUACACCCAAGAGUUUUCCAUCAACAUCGAGUUCAUCCUUUCAAAGAACACAAGGUAGAAACUCUUCUUUAAACUAUCAGCGCAAGUUUGCCAAGGGAAGGAUAAAAGAAAGACAUGUAGAAAGACCACAGAAGAGGGAACGGGAAUACAAACAGGCGUACAAGCCUUACACCAAACGCACCAACACGAAAUAG